UACUGCCGCUGCUGCAGCGUCGCAGCGUCGCCGCCAUGCCCGCGCCCGCUGCUGCCGCCGCGUCGGCGCUGACGGGCCGCCGCAUCGCCCUCUACGGCGCCGUGUCGUCGGGCGCCGCCGCCGCCGUCGUCGUCGCCGCGCUGCACCGCCGCCCGAACUUCUACAGCGCCGCCGUGCUGCUGGCACGCAGCAACGGCUGCAUGCUCGUGCUGCUCAACUGGGCCGUCUUUCUCACGCUGCUCUUUGGCAAGGCGUGCCAGAAGGCCUUCUUUGGGCCGCUGCGGGCCGUCGAGAUUGAGCAUCUCUACGAGCGCUCGUGGUACGCCGUCACCGAGUCGCUCAUCGCCAUGACCAUCUUCCGCGACAGCUUCGAUGCCUGGUUCAUCCUCAUGUUCGGCACGCUGCUCUUCCUCAAGGUGUUCCACUGGCUCAGCUCCGACCGCGUCGAGUGGAUGGAGCAGGCGCCGACGAUCCCGCUGAGCUUCCACGUGCGCAUGAACUGCCUCUUCUGGACGCUGCUCUGCGUCGACGUGUCGCUCGUCAUCUUCGCCGUCGAGGUUAUCCUCCUGCAGCGCGAGCGCGUCGGGGUCAUGAUCAUCUUUGCGUCCGAGUUCAUGAUCCUGACCGCGCAGCUGCUCAGCACCAUGGCCAAGUACGCCAUCAACACGUACGACGUGCGCCAGCAGGAGCCGUGGGAGGCCAAGAGCAUGUGGAUCUUUGCCGUCGACGUCAUCACCGACUUCCUCAAGCUGACCACGUACCUCACGUUCUUCUUCCUCAUCCUGACGUACUACGGCUUCCCGCUGAACAUGGUGCGCGACGUCUUCUUCACGGCGCGCUCCUUCCUCAGCCGCAUCCAGCACUUCUUCCGCUACCGCGCGGCGACGCGCAACAUGGAGCGCCGCUUCCCCGACGCCACCGCGCAGGAGCUCGACUCGGGCGACGGCACCUGCAUCAUCUGCCGCGAGGAGAUGAUGGUGCGUGGCGCGGCCGACGCGGCGGCUCGUGAUGCCGCGGCCGAGGCGCCGGCAGCACCAGCACCGGCGGGGCCCAACGAGACGCCCAAGAAGCUGCCGUGCGGGCACAUUUUCCACUUCCACUGCCUGCGGUCGUGGCUCGAGCGGCAGCAGUCGUGCCCGACGUGCCGCCGCACCGUCUUCGACCAGCCGCCGCCGCCGCCGCCGCCGCCGCCGCGGGCAGCUGCACCGCCUCCACAGCCGGCUGCCGUGCCUGCUGCACCUGCGGCGGGCGGCAAUGCCGGCGACCAAGGACACCUGCACCCCGCGAUUCGCGCCUUUGUUCAGGACUACGCGAACCGCAACGCGCCGCCGCCAGCAGCUGCGCAGGCUGCAGAGCGGCCAGGGGCUGCACAGGCCACGGCGCCGUCAGCAGCUCGCGCCGGCAUCUUCGAUGCGCGCGAUACGCCGACAGAGCUGCGCCGAGCGAUUGCCGCUUCGUUCCUCCGCGGCGCUGGCGAAGGAGCGGGCGCGGCUGCUCAGGCUCCUAACAUGUGGCAGCUGCCGUCGACGUCCGGACGGGAUACGCGGCGCGCGCCGCCUCCGCCGUGGACCUUUGGCGUGCCUUAUGCCUCCGCGCCAGCGGGCGAGAGCAGCGGCGCUGCCGAGGCGCCCGCAGGUGUCCAGCCGACACACGAGCAAGACACCGCGCCGGGCGACUCGUCGGACCCGCUCGAUGCACGAGAGGCAGCACGCAGGGCCGCUCUGCGACGCUUUGGCCUCGAGUCUGACGCGGGCCCCUCGCGUGCUGCGCCAGCGCCGGCGCCCGCCGCUGGUCCCUCGUCGCAGGUGCCUUCCGCGCCGCACGCCUCGCUGGCCGCGCCGCAUCUCGUGCCGCUCUUCGACCCGGCGCUCAUUCCGGCCUAUGCGGACGAGUACGAGGCUCGCCUGCCGCACCCGCUGCUGACGCCCUCGUCUGCCGCCAUGGACGGCCCGCUCGGCGUCGGGCUCGCUGCCAACGGCCAUCUCGCCGGCCCGUCGGGCGGCGUGCAGCUGCUCGACGAGCUGUCGCCGGAGCAGCUGCGCGAGCUGUCGCGCGGCACGCGCCGUGGCCUGGAGGAGCGCCUGCGCCUGCUUGGGCGCGUGCAGGGCACGCUGUGGACGGCCGUCGACGAGCUCACACGCGCGCUGAGCGUCAUGCCCGAGGACGGCAUCGACAACGCAGGGGACAUCGAGCGGGGCUCAGCACAGCGGAAAGACAAGGCACCGGCGGAGGGCGUCAAUGCGGUCGCACCGGCAGACCCAGACGCGGCCGAGGCCGAGACGCAGAUGUGACGAAUCCAUGGUAUCAUUGCAGUGUGCGGGACGCUUUGCACUACUCGCGCGCCCGCUCUCUUCGCCGGGCCCGCAGCGCGGCCAGCGCCUCUUCGUCGCGCGCGGCGGG